AUGGCAACAGGAGACCUCAAAGGAAGUUUGAGAAAAAUAGAACAAGGACUUCGCUUGUUAAAUUAUCCAAGAGAUGUGGAUUAUACAGCGUUAGUAAAGGGUGAUCCAGCUGCAUUUUUACCUAUCAUCAGCUAUUCUUUUACAUCUUUUUCAACUUACAUAGCAGAACUUUUGGUAAAGUGCGAUGUGGAACUCACGGCAAAAAGUGACUUGCGUUUUAUUGAAGCUAUUUAUAAGCUUCUUAGAGAUCAAUUUCAGUAUAAACCGAUUUUAACAAAACAGCAGUUUCUUCAGUUUGGCUUUGCGGAAAGAAAAAUGCAGAUUGUUUGUGACAUUAUCAACUGUGUGAUCAAAAAACAUAAGGAAUUAAGUAACUCGAAUAAGGUUAAAUCCCAAACAAGGAGAAAUGUCAGAUCUUUUAAAUAUGAAAUAUGGUCAAAUUGUGAUAAAGUCCUUGCUGAUCCUAGUGGCAGUGCUCUGAAUUCCAAACAGAAGCCUCAAGUAGAACGGCACUCAGGAAACGAAGUUAGUGGUGACCUUCAUCCACUACCCCUUCCAGCACAGGGAAGUAAUGAAGGAGAAUUGUAUCUAAAUCAUGAUGUUGUGGAAGUUAAAUGUGAACAAGUCAUAGAAGAUAAUUCUCAGAUUGAGUUCUUGAAGAGUCAGCUUGCUGAUUGUCAGGAAAAGCUUCAUAAGCUAGAUUGGAUGGAAGGUAAACUACACGUUUUAGAAGAGAAACUGAAAGGAAAGGUGAUCAUAGAUGAGAAGGACUGGAAUAAUUUGUUGAGUCGAGUUUUGCUUCUUGAAACAGAACUGUUGUUGCAAUCCAAAAAGAGAGACUUGUCUACAGACUUCAGCAAUAUAAGUCAAGAAUAUACUUCUAAUAGGGUUCCAGUUUCUCCUGAUACAGAGAGGAAAGAGGAGAUGCCAGAGUGUCUCCAUCAGUUGUCUGGAUACAGUUCACUAUUAUCCACAGACCCAUCUCCCGAAGCCAUGACCAUUAAUUCUCAUAAUCUGACAGACAUUUCAAAGGAGACAACAAGACAAAGAAUGGAAAGGAUAAGUAAAAUAAUUGAAGAAACCUCAGAAUUGUUGAAAACAUCAAGCAACACCUCUGAGAAGACCUGAAAGCACAGGUCUUCAGAGCUGGUCUCUGUAGACUUAUGGUUAUCAGAACUCAUAUGUAUGUUUGUACAGCAUUAAAUUUUUAAUAUAUCAAUUUUGUAAUGAUUACCAGUGCUUUUAUUCCUUUG